UGUCCCGGGCUGAAGUUGUAACCAAAGAGAUGGAGCUGCAGCUGUGUGUUUUGAUGGUGGUGUUGGGAGGCCUGCAACUCCAGGCCUCCUCAACAGACCGUUCCUUCCGCAUUGAUUAUGUGAAUAACUGCUUCCUCAAAGAUGGUGCUAGAUUUCGCUAUAUCUCAGGCAGCAUCCAUUACUUCCGGGUCCCACCUGCCUAUUGGAAAGAUCGGCUCCUCAAGAUGUAUAUGAGUGGCCUCAAUGCUGUGCAAAUCUAUGUGCCCUGGAACUACCAUGAGCCACAGCCUGGUGUCUACAACUUUUCUGGUGACAGAGACUUGGAAAAAUUCCUGAACUUGGUAGCCGAGUUCAACCUUUUUGUGAUCUUGCGCCCCGGACCCUACAUCUGUGCUGAAUGGGAGAUGGGUGGCCUUCCAUCCUGGCUGUUGACUAAGCCUGAUAUUGCCCUGCGCACAACUGACUCAGAUUACCUGCAAGCUAUGGACAGAUGGUUGGAAGUCCUGCUGCCCAAGAUCAAGCCUCAUCUCUACAACAAUGGAGGCAACAUCAUCAGUGUCCAGGUGGAGAAUGAAUAUGGGAGCUACUAUGCCUGCGACUAUAACUACAUGCGCCACCUACUGGCUGUCUUUCGUGCCUACCUUGGCGAGGAAGUUGUGCUCUUCACCACAGAUGGCACCUCAGUGUCUGAGCUCAAGUGUGGGGCAAUGCAGGGCUUAUAUGCCACGGUGGACUUUGGACCAGAAGAAAACGUGACAGAAGCAUUUAUGCUGCAGCGACUGUAUGAGCCAAAGGGACCACUGGUGAAUUCUGAGUUCUACACUGGCUGGCUGGAUUACUGGGGUGAGACACACUCCACAAAAAGUGCUAAGAAAGUGGCUUACAGCCUACAGAAGAUUCUAGAAAUGGGAGCCAACGUCAACAUGUAUAUGUUCCAAGGUGGCACCAACUUUGGUUACUGGAGUGGUGCUGAUUACAAGGAUGGUUACAAACCCAUAACUACUAGCUAUGACUAUGACGCACCACUCUCAGAGGCUGGAGACCCUACUGACAAGCUGUAUAUCAUCCGCUCAGUCAUUAGCAAGUUUCAGGAGCUGCCCGCAGGACCAAUGCCACCCCCUACCCCGAAGUUUGCAUAUGGCUAUGUAUCCUUACCCCAGCGUGUGGCCUUGCUGGAUGUUCUUGCCAUUCUCUCGCCUUCCUUGCCGUUCUAUUCCUCCUAUCCUAUCACCUUUGAAGCUCUGAAGCAGGCCCAUGGCUUCAUGCUCUACCGGACCCUUCUACCACAGGAAAUCGUGGAGUCUGCCUUGCUCAGUGCCUCUGGGAAUGGGGUCCAUGAUCUUGCCUACGUUCUGCUCAAUGGAGUGUACCAGGGGACACUGGAAAGAGACAGAGUGAAUGGAAUCAAUAUAUCGGGCCAGCUUGGGGACACACUGGACUUGGUGGUGGAGAGCAUGGGUCGCAUCAACUUUGGGGCCAAUGACAGUGACUUUAAGGGUCUGAUCCACAAUAUCACAUUGGGUACCUCCAUACUAAGUGACUGGAUCAUCUACCCCCUGGACAUAGACACAGCUGUAGCCCAUGCGUGGCCGCCAAGUGCCCAAUCAAGCAGUGGGCACACAGGACCUGCUUUCUAUACAGGAACAUUCACAACACCGGGCAUCAGUGAGGACUCCUACUUGAAGCUCCCAGGUUGGACCAAGGGUCAGGUCUGGAUCAAUGGUUUCAACCUGGGCCGGUUCUGGCCAGUUCGUGGACCGCAGCAAACUCUCUUUGUGCCUGGCUCAUUCCUCAGUGGCUCAGCCAUCAACACUCUCGUCGUUCUCGAACUGCAGGAAGCCCCGGAUAAUCCCAAAGUGCUUUUUGUUUCCCGCCCCCUUCUCAAUGUUACCUACACCUACACCCACAAAGAUAGGAAGUGAGAGGAACUACUGUCCAGCUACAAAGUUGCUGAGAUCUGCAUGUGUUACUCCAAGGGAAAGACUGAAACCAUCACAAUGUAGGAGGGCAAUGAAUAGAGGGCACUGUCAGAUGAAGGUUCUGUGCUUUUAAAGAGUAGCCCAGGCAAAACAAAAAGCUAGAAAUAGAUUGUAAGUAUUCAAAACCCUUCAGGGGCGUCUCCUUCACAGCUGCUGCUGUAUAGGGCACAUUACCAUGGACAGACUCUUAGUGCCUUAAUAUGGUGUUUUAGGUACUGGACCUUGGAUUAAAUAUUCAUACACCUAC